AUGUCUCGUGUUGCCAGCCCGGAAGAGGUCCUUGCUUCUUAUCAGGGUGCUCCAGCCCUCUACCGGGACUUUAAUUUCCUGGACGCGUUGAAUCAGAUGUCUCGACUUACUCUCCGUCAGCCCGAAGGCGACCAGCUCCAACGCUUCCCCGCCGAGGUUCGUCUUAUGAUCUUCGAAGAAGUGCUUAGUGCCUGGCCUCAAACGCUUUAUCGUGGCGCUUUCACAUUCGGACCCCUCGAUCCCCACGAGUUCGACGGUGAGGUCCAAGUCUCCUGGCAGAUCUUAGCUACUUGCCAUCAGUACUAUGAAGAGGCUCACCAUCUCCUCUAUGCAAAGAACCACAUGGCCUUCUGCACUACAGCCAAGGGAAAGCCUGGCAUGUUCUGGCGUUUCCCGAUCCGCCCACAUUUCUUGAAAUAUGUCACCAACCUCAGCAUCUUCUACCGUGCGGAUGAGCCUACCAAGCCCUCUUCCAAGCGCGUUGGAUACUUCAUCAAGGCUGUCGCUCGUCUUGCUGUCGAUAUGGAGCACCUCACUAUCCUCAUCUCCUCUGACCAGCGCUACGAGCGAGCUUGUCCGUGGGACAUCCUCUUCUGCGAUCACCCCGUCUCCAAGGCCAUCCUCUACACGAUCGAGAAGAAGAACGUCAAGAACUUGAAGCUGCGUUUCCAUGAUGGUGCUAACCUCUUCCCCGGCUUUGCCUGCUUCCUAGAGCAGACAUUCCUCAAGGACGGUAAGCCUGUCGACCGCACUCUUACCUUCACUACUUCGUGCUCGUGCGCCCCAUACAUGGGCCAGCCCAACAUCUUCUGCCAUUUUUGUCAGUGGCCUCGCUCUACCUGGGACCUCAAGCCGAUUGAGGAUCCUGUCCAUCCCGCCGUAGUCGAGGCGGGCCAGACGCGGAUGAUGGAUAUGCAGGAUGAUCUCUUCAACCUUGGCAUCCUGCCCCCCAAGAGCGAGACCGAGGACAAGGACGAGGACGAGGACACGGCUGUGGGUCCUUAUGGCGGCGGACCACCCAUAGAGGACACCUAUGACGAAGAUCGCCUCGCUUUCACUCUUGGUGUCCGUCUGCCGCCCCGUAAGCCAUGGCCCUUUGUCAGUCGGGUCAGGGCUCCUGCCGUGUGGUCUUUCCAACAGACCAAGAUUACUAACUACUAUAAAGUACCCUGA